AUGACCCAGGAGGGCGAUCAGCAUGCGGCCUGGCCUCACGAAAUGCAAGAUGAUGGGCUGGGGGCUGGGAUCGGAGAUGACGAUUUCACGAAUUUCCUGGAUCUGGACACUGAUUUCCAACAAUAUGCGACAAUGAACAAUGGACAUUCCGGGCUUGACACCCCGAUGGGUCGACUCGGUUUUGGUAACAAUGCGAACGAUCUAGCAUAUAGCAGUGCGGAACAGAUGCAGAUAAACAUGCCCUCUACUACCGAGUCUCUGAACUUCCAAGAUCAUUUGGUCGCAGACUCGCAAUAUGGCCAGUACCAGCAGCAGUUUCAGCAGAUGCAAAUGCCGCAACAGUUCCAUGUUCCGCCAACGCCCGUGAGUGCCGAGAUGCAAGCGGCCAAAUAUGCUCACGAAAUGGGAAAUAACGGGCAGAUAUUGUUCGACCACCGGCAGGUUUCGUUUACGCCUCUUGUCUCCCCGGCCCAAACCCCCUUGGACGGCACAUUCGUCCUCAAUGACUUUGGGCUGGGAGAUGAAUUCUUCAGUCCUCUCACGUCACCUGCCAUCGAGGCGCAAGGAGUGUAUAGCGGCACGACGACUUCGCCUGUCGAUCCCAAUGGGGAGCAGGGAGCACCGGCGCCUCCCACGGCGGCAGGCGCAAAAAGACCUCGAAGGAAAGCUGCUGCGGUCACUCGAACUCCACGAAGUGUCAAACAAUCCCCGUCCUUGAAGCCGCACGCGCGGAGCCGACAACCAUCCCUUAGCAACUUGUCCUUGGACAAGAGCGCAACCUUAUUACCACAUGGUGCUCAGCCAUCGAACUUGUAUCCAUCUGCACCCAACAGUGCCGUCAUCCAACCGAGCGAUGACUCGGUGUCCCCCGAAUCAUUAUCUGAAGCAGUCAUGAGACCACCUCCCGUUCCUCAGCAUCCGCGGUCUCCUCGGCCACAAGUAUCGUCUCAGGGGUCUAAUAACCCUGUCACUCCAGCUACCCUAAUGAGGAUGCCGAGUAAACAGCCCGUAUCUGCAAAGCAGCUGGAACAACAUGUCUCUGUAGCGCCGAUGGACGAGCCGAUGGAGGACAUCAUGUUACCCGAUGCAGCCGCUUCGGGUGCGCAGCAACCCAUUCCAGAUAAUGGCGAUGUUACCAGAAAUGGCGAUGAUAGUGAAAACACGCCGACACUCUCCGCGAAGACACCCAAGUGGAGCGCCAGCAGCACUCCCCGAAGUGCCUUGACUCGGUCCGGCUCUACCGACACAUUUGCAAAGCCUGGCAAAGUUGAGUCCCGCGGUGGUCGUAGCAGCAAGAAGCGCCAGAGUACUACUUCUGCCACGAUAUCUCCGGCGUUGCGACCCAAGAUUUCUCCCAGCAUUAGCCCUCUAGUUCCUGCGACUGGCCCGGGCAUGGCACAUCUAUCGGCUGAGACGAGUGCUUUGUAUCUUGCAUCGAAAUCUAAUUACCAGAAUAUCCUCGAGGGCACCCAUUUACCGGGAGUUUCUUAUCCUGACACUUUGGCCGAGAACCUCACGUCGAAACGAACGUCACACAAGAUUGCAGAGCAGGGACGACGAAAUCGUAUCAACCUUGCUCUGAAAGAAAUCGAGGCGCUCCUGCCUCCCUCAAUUCUCGCCUCGCAGAGCAAAAAGGACAAGGCCGGCUCACAGGACUCGGGCGAAGGCGACUCGAAGACGUCAAGCGCCAACCAAGGAACAAGCAAAGCCAGCACGGUCGAGAUGGCCAUUGUGUACAUCAAGAGCUUACAGUCGGAGCUCAAAGCGACGCAAGACAAACUUGCUGCAGCCGAGAAGAGAGUUGCCGAGGGCAGCAGCAGUGCUGAAAGCCAAAGAUCUGAAGGGUGA